AUGCAAUCUGUCAUGUCGGAUCGUGUCUACACGUUGCGUGACUGCAACCUCCGCUCUAUCCACACCCUUGAUAGGGGUUGGCUCUUCAAGUCCAUUGUCAGGACCAACAAGAUGGAGGAGGGGAACGAAUAUGGCCGGUUGGUGUUCGUGAGCUCACUGAAUAAGAUCGGUCAGAUUGUCGUCAUGACGAUCCUCAACGAGGCCUACUCCAACAUUGACACGUUCUCACUCAAGCAGCUGAGUAGGAAGAAGAAAUCGUCGAAGGAUGCAUUCCUAGACCCAUUGCUAGAGGACUUGAUCCGUGAUAUCACUAUCACCGUGGAUUUCUACGUGAAGGAUUGGCUUGAUGAUGAGAUUCUUCCCCAGAGCUUCGUUGUAUCCGACGCAAACCGAUGUGUCAGUAGGUUGUACCGUGACAUCCUGAAGCACUCGGAUACGAUUGUGGAACUGCUCCGCAAAAACAAUCCUAGAUCGUUGGUCAGGAUAAUGAAAAAACUGUUCCAUGAUCCUCUCGCGAUCAGGUACUUCAAAAAGUACGUCGAGAAGAGGGAGGAUAUCAGGGUAUUGCUCUCGAAGAAUAAGCUCGCAACCGAUAAGAAGAAGGAGAUUGAAAAGAUUUUGAAGGACGCUCCCGAGAGGUUGAAAGAGGAUCAUUCGCUGAAGGCAAAAAAGGACGAAGUGGAUAAGCUUCGAGCUGAGGUCAGCAAAUCCCUGAAGAAGUUGAUGGAUGAAGAUAAGCUCAAGAAGAAACACAUCAACAGCACUUUGUUCAAUGAUGUGAUCACUUUCCUGUUGGAUUCUAUCUUCUCGCCCUUGAAGACGUACGAGGUGCUCGAUGAAAAGUACGAGAGCAUCUUGCAGGAGAAGGAGGAGAUCCUCUCCCGUGAAGGCUUCGACAAGAAGCUGAAGAUGUUCGGUGGCGAGGAUCACAUUUUUGAGAUGAUGAAGAAGCAAGACUUCAAAUUCACUCUCAUACUCACAAGCAAGAUCGAACCACGCGAGGUUGAGGCGGAGCCCACCGACGAAGGCCCUGCGCGCAAGAAGGCGCGCGUGUGA